AAAUGUGUGUUUCAAAAUAGCGUUUCUGUCUCGCAGGAGCCCUGCCAGCUGCCGUAGGUUCUCGAGCGCGUGCGUGACGCAGCAGCGUCCAACGGUCAGAAGAAUUUUCACAGGCAAUAUGGCGACUUCGGAGCCGCGAGGAACUGAAAAUGAAGAAGGAUGUGCUGAUAGUCCUGCGACUGCUGCUGUGAUGAGUCCUGAACAGUACAUCAAACACCCUUUGCAAAACAGAUGGGCUCUGUGGUAUUUCAAAAAUGACAAGAGCAAAAGUUGGACAGAAAAUCUGCGUCUUAUCUCCAAGUUUGACACGGUAGAAGAUUUCUGGGCAUUAUACAAUCACAUACAGCAGCCCAGUAAACUUGGAUUUGGAUGUGACUACUCUUUAUUUAAGGAUGGUAUUAAACCCAUGUGGGAAGAUGACAGGAAUAAACUCGGAGGAAGAUGGUUAAUGACCCUCAACAAACAGCAACGACACAAUGACCUUGACCGCUUCUGGAUGGAGACCCUGUUGUGUUUAAUCGGAGAAAUCUUUGAUGAGGCCAGUGAAGACGUGUGUGGAGCUGUGGUCAAUGUCAGGCCAAAGGGGGAUAAAAUAUCCAUCUGGACGGGCAACUGCCAGAACAGAGACGCCAUCAUGACAAUAGGGCAACAAUACAAAGAGCGUUUGAGUCUCCCAAUCAAAAUGCUCAUCGGAUACCAGUCACAUGACGACACCUCUAGCAAAAGUGGCUCUACAACAAAGAACAUGUACUCCGUUUGAAGAAAACUCAUUUCAACUCAUUGUAGGUUUAUAAAAUUCCAAAUUUACAUCACAUUAAUACUUUUGAGUUGUCAACAACUGUAGUGUCCUUCCUUUUUAAGAAAAUGUAAAAAAAAAAAAAAAAAAAAGUCAAAUAUGUAAAUGUAGUGCUCUCCAGCCUGAAAUGAUCGGCACCGUUGCAGUGUGGAUCAGGGACGUCUACUUGUCUAGACCUGAGAGAGGACCGCAUCAGAUAACGCUGUAUGAGUUGAGCUAGAUGUUACUGAUAUCAUUAUCGUCAUUUGGGAGAGUUUUAAGGACUAAUCGAGACUUAACUAGCUGAAGAGUUUCUAAGGCUUAGAUAAGAGACAUGCCGUUCUUUGCUUUAACAUUUCUUUCUCACCAUCAGACGAACAAAUAAACCCACAACUUAAUCCACAUGGACAUUGAUAGGGCCGAACUGUUUUAGCAUGCUUUGUUUGGAGGUGUUUGGCAUGAGAAGUGAUUGCAGAGGCUCCUGCAGACUGACUUAUCUUAAAGGUUUGUAAAGGAUUACUUUCGGUCGCGCUCCAAGUUUGGAAUUUGGAGGAGUGGUCAUUUAUUCUUUCAGCUAUGCUGGAAUUGUGGCAUCUUGCUUGUAGACUUAUCUAACAGUUGUGCUUCUCCUCUUCAUCUAUUUAUGAUAUGCAUUACAAUUGAACUAUGUAGUGAGAGGAACACCGGGAAAAUCAAGCUCCUGUUUUCUUGCAGUUAUUUUUUUGAAGUUCUUGGCAAUGUUGACUACUGCUUGCUGUUUUUUUGUUUAUUUGUACUACCGUACUACUUUUCUUUUUCCUCCAGUGUAUUCAGUGAAUGCCUGGACAUACUUGCUUUUAGGUUUGCUACCACCUGUCCCCUUAUUGAUACUGUAGACAUCUUCUAGUUUUCCCCACUCUUUGGAUCAGAGAAAGAAGAAAGGAUGUUCAUUGUGAAUUUAUUUUGCUCAUAAUGUAUCUUUAUUAUCUGUGAUUCCAGGAUGUAUAUGACCUUAUUUCAAAGUAAAAGUUAUGUGCUUUGCAUUAA